AUGCAGGAGUUUGUCUCUUGUGUCAAAUGCUUUCUGAAUCAUAAGCUGCCAGUAUUCGUCAAAAUUUUCCUUAAUUUGCGUUUCUCCACAUGGUUCAUGGAUGUUAUCUUUGAUGAGUUUAGGAAUGGCAAGAUCAAUAUAGAUCAGGUCUUGAAACUGCUUAAUAAGUUUGAAGUCUCCUACGACUAUGUUCAUGUGAAAAAAGUGUUCAAGAAAAAUGACAAACAGAAGACUGGCGUUAUCACCAUGGAAGAUUUUAGGGCAAUUUAUCGAACACUUCUGCACAGACCUGAGCUGAACGAACUCUUCAGUAGCUACUCAGCAAGCAAAAAAGUUCUAACACCAGCAAAUCUAACUGAGUUUCUUAAAAAGGAGCAGUUUGAACUUGAUGCUACUGAAGGAAGAGCUGUUUUUCUCAUUAAUAAAUAUGAACCCAUUGAUGAAGCAAGAAAAAAGAAAGAGAUGACCUUCGAAGGCUUCAUACGCUACAUGAUGUCGGAAGAAUGCAGUAUAUUUAAACAGCAGCACAGGAACAUCUACCAGGACAUGUCCUACCCAAUGUGUGAUUACUUUAUAUCAUCGUCACACAAUACCUACCUGAUACAAGAUCAGCUCAUAGGACCAAGUCACCUGUGGGGCUAUGCCAAUUCCUUAAAGAAGGGAUGCCGAUGUGUGGAAAUUGAUUGCUGGGAUGGGCCAGAUGAGGAACCUGUCGUGUACCAUGGGCACACCUUGACGAGCAAAAUUACCUUCAAGAACGUCAUCAAUGUGAUUCACAAGCAUGCCUUUGAGGCAUCGGAUUACCCUAUUGUUCUCUCCCUGGAGAACCACUGCAGCCCGACUCAGCAGGAAAGGAUGGCAGCUCAUUUGCUGGACAUUCUCCGGGAUACACUUUGCGUUUCGACCAUCGACGGCAGCAUGCCGGCAGAACUACCAUCCCCAGAUCAACUGAAGUACAAAAUCCUGAUAAAAAACAAGAAAGUGGGAACACUGGAAGAGACCCUUCAGCGGAUGGGCGAGAGAUGCCGGGGUCUGACGGGAGAAGUUGAGGCCUCAGCAUCCGAGGAUGAUCUGGAUGAAGACCCUACAGGGCUUUUGCUAAAGAGAACAAUGACCCGGAAAGCAUCCAAGAAAGAUAAAAAGGACAAAGUGAGUCAUAAGGUGAAAGUGGCUUUGCUCUUGUCCGAACUUGUGAUUUUCACCGCGUCUCGCAAGUUUGUCAACUUUGAAGAUUCGAGGCAGAAACAGAAAUUUUAUCAAAAUAAUUCCAUUGGAGAAGUGAAAGGCCAGAAACUCAUAGGCAAGAGAGCCCCUGAGUUUGUCUUACACACAGUCCACUUCAUCACAAGGAUUUAUCCCAAAGGAACCAGGACAGACUCUUCCAAUUACGAUCCACAGGAAUUUUGGAACGUUGGGUGCCAAAUGGUGGCCUUAAAUUUCCAAACCCCUGGCGUACAAAUGGACCUACUCAUGGGGAAAUUUUUGGACAAUGGUGGCAGCGGCUUCGUCUUAAAACCAGAAUUCUUGAGAAGGAAGGACACAGUGUUCGACCCAUUUGAUGUAGUUGGGAAGUACAAUCCAGUCACACUGACCAUAAGGAUUAUUAGUGGAUAUCAGCUGCCUCCAAGUAACCUCUCCAAGAGUAAUAAAGCUGAUCCUGUGGUCAAAAUAGAAAUCCAUGGUGUUCCCGGAGAUACUGUAAAACAGCAAACAUCUAUCGUAAAGAACAAUGCUUUAAAUCCUAGAUGGAACGAAACAUUCACAUUUAAUGUCCAGGUUCCAGAUCUUGCCUUAGUACGAUUCGUAGUAGAAGAUCAGAUGGCAUUAACAGCCAAUGACUUCCUCGGUCAAUUUACGUUGCCCCUUACGAGCAUGAAUAAAGGUUAUCGCCAUGUGCCAUUGGUCUCCAAGCUUGGGGUUACCCUCAAGCCCGCCUCACUAUUUGUGUACGUGUGGUACUUCCCGCAAUAG